AUGUCUCAAAAUUUCUAUCCCGAUCUUUCAGGAUCCAAUUACGAAAUUGCUAAAAGUCUUGCACUCAUAAGAUUAAACCAUGUGCUGUUUUAUUUUGGCGUAGAAUUAUAUCCUAUUAAUAUAAAGGAAGAAGAAAUACUUAAUUCGCGUCAAGAAGCACCUAAUCCUCGUAGCGAUGAUGAGCAUAUUUCGAUAUUAGAAGAUAAUCAACAAGAUAAUCCUGAUCCUCAUCAACAAGAAAUUCCUGAUUCGCGCCAAGAAACACCUACUCCUAAUUCUCAUAGCGAUCAGGAUAAUCAAAAUAGUAGAAAUAUUUAUAACCAUUCAACGUUUAAUAACUGCACUUUUAAUAAUUAUUAUUAUUCGUGA